CUUGGAUGCCAGAUGUAAAGUUUUCCCCUUCAGCCGGGGCCCCUCGAAGAAAGGUGACAAAGCGAAAGGGAAAGAAAAAGGGAAAAAGAAGAGGUAAUACGUACAAGAGGUUUGCCAAUUUUGCGACAAAACGGAAUAAACCAAUGGCUCCAGCGCCCGAAAAUGGCCUUCCGACUAGUAAAAACUUGAGUCGAAUUGGUGCAAAUGAUUCCACAAUCACAGACUCCAUCUCCCGUCAGACAUAUGCCUGGCGUUCGUUGCCCCCCGCCGUGGUACCCCAUUGGAACAAGGGUGAGAGGAAGGGCUCUACCUUUCCGAUAAAGAUCCCCACUCUCAAGACCUUGGCAUCGCGGAAAAUUGCGGGAAAAGUCUUGCAUGUCCAGCCUGAGCAUCUAGCGGCAGCCCCCCAGUGGUCGAUUUGGAGAGCAGUAUGGGAAAACAUUCUCCUUUUGCAUAACGACUCCCCGGCUGUGUUCAACUUAUUUGCAAAUUUUUUCCACACCGAGCCAACCUUCAGAUCCCAUUUCAUGACGUCUUCCCCCACCUUCUACUAUACCGCCAGCCCAACGAUCGAAGAAGAGGCCGUCCAACACAUCAAGCAAAGCCGAAACUUGAAAUUGAUCAACACGUGUCUUCCAGGUAUCCAAGGCGCCAAGCAUCGAUUAGAGGUUUUUUUUCGUAAUGUGAAUAUUUCGAAUGAUCUAUCCCUAUAUUUAAACAGACUCACAUACGGCCCUUUUGUCGUCUUGAAUUUAGCACCCUGUUCCGCCGUCUUUGCCGCUCGCGAGGAUAUCUUGUCUUUGUUGAAAAUCGACAACUUGGCUGCCCUCGAUCUCUCGUCGUUUCCGCAAUUGGACGAUAAUCUCUUGUACAGUCUCGGUUUGGGUCUCAAGAAUGGAAAGUGGCCUGAAUUGCGGGUUUUGCGGUUAAGCUCCAGGAAGGGCGGGGCGGUACAAAUAACAAGUGCUGGGUUGAGCAGGUUUCUAUUUGACGUCUCGAGGAUUCCAAUGUCGAAACUCUGCUGUGUGGAAACUAACGUGGCCGUCACAGAAGUUCCCAGGGCUGGUUCUGGCUGGGAGUUGACCAGUGACCCUGUUAUCAGUAAAUUGCCCAUGGCCUUGAAACUAUUUUUCUUGCAUAACCAAUCAAAUCCAGCCAACACCGAGUCCCAUUCCCCGCCGCGUAAUUUCAUACAUGACCUUUAUAGUCGGAUCGUCCUCGACGUGACCGUACAAGAUGAGGACUACCCCACUGAUACUCAAAAUGUCUCGCCGAGGGAUGUGUGCCACCAGAUGGAAAAACUAUGGAGUAAACCCUCCACCACCACUCUCUUGAGCUAUUGCUAUACUUUCAGUGCUGAAAACGCAACUGCAGCGGUGGAGAAGGUUAAGGCUACUCCAGCAAGAGGGUCAAAACCCGUAUUGAAAGUGAGGCGUACGGGGAACGCAAAAAGCUUUUUCGAUUUGUAAACAUGGCAUUGGUGGGUUAAAAAAAACUCAGCAUACGCAAAUAUUUACUUUCAGCGAUACUAAUUUAAGGUUAAAGUGAGUAUUUGGCUAUACCGCAUCUGUUCCAUGGUCCCGAGCGUAGCUAAAGCAGACAACUUGGGAUAGGAUAAAAAUCUAAUUAGAGCGGAACCCUAUCUAAAUGUAGUGAAG